AUGUAUUUAUGCAACGCCAGUGCCAUAAAGGACUGGAGCUAUUUCCUGUCUAAGAUUUUGCCUCUGGUGAAUAAAACCACCGGCUUGGUGAGCAUGGACAAACCGGAGGCGGUGACCGCCGCGGUGGUGACGUCUCUGCAGCCGGACGGGGCAAUAAGCAACCCGCCGCCAAACUCCAACCAGACCUCCGGGAUGGAGCACAUCUUCCAGUACUCCUACUCGGAGAACGACCUGCUGCUGACGGACUACCGGACGCCGGCCCGGGACUCCAUCCCGCUGCCCAAGGCGGUGCUCUACCUGGUGAUGGCCGCGCUGGUGGUGGUGGCGGUGGCGUACGCGAUCGUCGGACAUCUGGUCAAGGAUGUAGUGAAUGACUUUGUUGGUGGAGGUCGGUCGAUCGUUGCUGAAGGCGACGGCGGUGAACCCAGUGAGCCAGAUUGGGUGUUUGACCCGCCUCGAUCCACCAACCGCAACGAGAUGGAGAUCAGCUGCAUCACCAGCAACAUGCAUGAGAUGAGCGACCUGGCCGAGGGGCCGCGGCUGCUGGAGAUGGGUUACGUAUCGCUGAACCACACCAGCGGCCUGAACCCCAGCCGGCCGGAGGAAACCGUCUUCACCGUGGAUGAAACCCUCCAGCGCCAUCUUCCUGACUCUCAGUCCGGGACUUAACCUUGACUUCCUGUUGUGGUCCUGAGAGAAACAAAGCAGCAUUCUUCCUGUUUGGGGUGGAAUCACCAAGUGGUUGUGGGUGGGAGCUUUAAUCCUUUGUGGCAUCGCCUGCAGGAUAGCAGUUGACGCUGCGUGACGUUGGGCCACGUCGCUGGAUGCUGGUGUUUGCUUUAAUGGGACUCCUUCAUGCCAGGAUCAGUGAAGAGAAGCAGCACCAGAUCCAUUUGGGUUACAGAUGGACUGUCCCGCCGGCCCCCAUGUUUCAUCCCUGUCAUCAUGACCUUUUCAGUACCAAGCUAUAAUGUAUUACACUCUGUAUUCACUUUUAUCACCUGAAAUAUGCACCUCAGUUGCUCAGUAAAUUAGUGUUAACUUUGCAUCAGACUGGUCUUUCUGUGCACAACGCUGUUAUUACUGAGCCAAAAAAUAUCCACCUUGAAAAGCCUUUUUGUAACGUCAUGCUAUUAGCUUGAUGUAAAAAAGUGCUAAGUCACCUCUGAGAGCUUUGUUCCACCCAAAUGCAAAAAAAACAGAAAAGCUUAGCAACUGUUUCACCCCACUUUUAAGGGCUGCAUGCUGCAAUUGACACAAAAAAACUAAAACCUGUGCAUUCUG